AGGAGGAAGAAAAAACUACCAACAACUUAUCCGUCAAACGUCAAGAAUUAAUUAAUCUUUCUGAACAAGCAAUAAUUAAGGAAAAAGAAAUUAUGGAGUUGCGACGACAACUGUUUAAGAUAGCAUACGAAAGGAUUAAUAAGCAGUAUGAGGAAAAG